UAAAGCCGCGCGCGUGGCCCGGCAACCGCACGCCUGAUUCCCGGCGCUCGACCCUGCUCCGCUUGCCUGUCACGCCUGUCCGCUCGGACCCACCAUGGCCACCGUUCAGCAGCUGGUAGGAAGAUGGCGCUUAGUGGAGAGCAAAGGCUUUGACGAAUACAUGAAGGAAGUAGGAGUGGGGAUGGCUCUUCGAAAAGUGGGUGCGAUGGCCAAACCAGACUGUAUCAUCACUUCUGAUGGCAAAAACCUCAGCAUAAAAACUGAGAGCACUUUGAAAACAACACAGUUUUCCUGUAAACUGGGAGAGAAGUUCGAAGAGACCACAGCUGAUGGCAGAAAGACUCAGACUGUCUGCAACUUUACAGAUGGCGCAUUGGUUCAACAUCAGGAAUGGGAUGGAAAGGAAAGCACAAUAACAAGAAAACUGGAAGAUGGGAAAUUAGUGGUGGUAUGCGUCAUGAACAAUGUUACCUGUACUCGGGUCUAUGAAAAAGUAGAAUAAAAACUCCAUCAUCAUUUUGCACAGAAAUUAGUUGCGAGGAUGAACGAGCUCAGUUCAAUGAGCAAAUCUCCAUACUGCUGGUUUUUUUUUUCAUUAUUGCGUUCAAUUAUCUUUAUCACAAACAAUUAAACUAUUUCAAAGUGUUUCAAAUUAGGGUCAUCUCUUUGGUUAGUAAAUAAAUCUGUUUGUGCUACACCAGUGUUGCAUGCUUUUUUAAACUUUAUAGGAAUUUAGCGAUGAGUUUUAACAUUAACAAAUGGAAUAAGUGGGAUAGCCUUGAGGAUACCAUAUUGAGAUUAUAUUUUAGUAAUUUAUAUAUAGAACUACUUCUGUGGCUAAUAAGCUACCAAUCAUUAAUCUUGCCUUGUGUUUUUGAACUUUGUAUCAACUCAAGGAUCUUAAAUUUGUGGCAGAGACUGUUCUCAUUGAAAAACAGCUACAUAAACCUUAUAAUUUAAAUGUAAUAAUAAAGAUUAAAUCACCAUCA